AUGGCGGACGUUCCAAACGGUGGCAGAAUCGUGCCUAUAGUCGCGACUGCCCGUCAGCAUUACUCAGGCUCUUCAACGAAUGAGGUCAUGGACAAAGCACAUCAACAGCCAUCCGAGAAGUUGAAGGCGUCUCGCAAUUCACGCAGCAAGAUCAUGGAGGCGGAAACUCUGGAGAUUCCUUGCCUCAACGAGCUAGGGCUCUAUGCCCUCCCCACCGAGGGUGAUGGCAACUGCCUCUACUACGCGCUCUCCGACCAGCUUUACGGAGACUUCGCCCACGCAGACCAAAUCCGUGAUCGUCUUGCAGACCAUAUAUCUGCCAAUAAAGACUACUUUAUGAGCUUUAUAGCUGCCGCGGGUGGAGAGCGUCGAGCUCCUCGACGAGCCGCGGCCGCUGCCGCCCGGCAAUCUUACUGUUCCUCCUCGUCGGCUAGCCCAGCGCCUCCUUCAGCCAAGGAUAAAGAGCGGAGCUUUGAUUCCAAGGUGGCAGAAUCACGGAAGAAAGGCGUCUGGGGAGGAGCGGAGGAGAUCCAGGCGUUCUGUCAAUCUUUUAAGAAGGACGUCAACGUUUAUACCAUGUAUGGUAUCCAGAACUUUCGCGAUGUUCACGCUCCUGAGGCCGAGGAGAGAGAAAUCGUACACAUCGCAUUCCAUGAUUUUCAUCAUUACUCCUCCGUGCGACAUGGCGAUGGGCCCCAUACGGGUCUGCCGUGCAUCCCCAAGGCUGAUAAAGAGCAGGAGAAAGAGGCAUCGGCCGCUCAACCUACUAUUGUAGACAUGGCCACCCCGUGGAAAAUCUCCGCUAUCCAGGCGGGUCUUGGGGGCAACUUUGACCAGAGUGCCAUAGUAGAAAUGCUUCAGCAAUGCCGUGGGAAUAUAGAUCGGGCCUUCAUGAAUCUCCUUGGCGAGGACAAUAAUGCGUCUCUGGCAGAUGCGCCCUCGUCCAAGGCGAUUAUGAAGUCACGUCUGCAGCCCUCGUCGAGGUCCUCGUCCCCAUUUAGCACGGGCAGCAAACGUUCAGCGGAUGAAAGCGACACUGAUGACAAUCCUCGCCCUGCUGUCCGACGGACCCGUGCUCGUGAGAACAAACGACGGAUUCUUCCGGAUGUCACGGUCGGAAUUGCAUUUCGUGACGAUCAAAAUGACCUGGUCUCCUUGCGACUGCGGGUCAGCCCCGAAACGGUUGUCCAGACGCCUACGGUCCAUCCGUCUACGGAGCAGGCUGAGACAAGCUCUUUCGAGUCUGCGACCGAUAGCCCCGACAUUGUGGCGCAGGACAGGAAAUUGAAAGUCCGACCAAAGGCUGCUUCGAGUGAAACCUCCAGCCAACCUAACGAAUCCAGCGAUGACAAAAAGCCACCACGACGAAGCCAGCGGCUUUCCAGAAGUCGCACGGCACCUCGAAGCAGCUGA